UAACUCAUUCAAAUGUUUUCACUUGACCCAUUAAUUUCUACCCCGUUUUUGUUGCACCACUCAUUGCUCAUACGAGGCGUCAUCUGGCCUGCACUCUAUAUUUUAUAUUCGACCGAAUGAUGGUCACGUACCAGCCCCGGAGUGCGGUGAACAUUUUUUAAUCACCCGGUGACGUGCUCGGGAGCUUACCCAACAAUUGUCCAGGGAAUAUCCAGCCCCAGCUCCAGUUCCAAUCUACCUCCAAGCGUCUUACAGUAGCGGUACUUCAGGGCUGAGGGGUAAGGAAAAAGAAUAUACAUACAUACAUAUGUACGCAUUGAUACAUUAUUGAUGGAUCUGUGAAGUGAGAGAAUCGAAUAUUCGAUGAGCGUGAGCGGGAGAACCAAACGAGCUCCUGUUCAGCCAUGGGCCAUGGUCAACCCAUAAUUUGUUGGUAAUUUAUCAAAAUCUAGAUUAUUAUCCUACUGAUGGAUUAUGCUGUGUGUGUCGAUUAGUAUAUACCUCAUAUUCUGAGGGUUCCACUCGCCCACCGGCACCACCCCAUAAGGCCACCUCAAAUCCCAUCCCCCCUUCCUUCAGGUGAACUUGCAUUUUAGAUGGACAAUGACCAUAUGUUAACAUUUUUAUACCCUGUACCUAGAGCAGACACGGCGUGUAUGGUAUUGUAGAGUCCGUUGGGGACACUUGGGGAAUGCUUGGAUGCAAGCGAAAAUUCAUAUGUUUUUAUGUGUGUCCUCUCAGAGCCGUCCGGCGUCAAUCACGCUCGCAUGAUCCGCUCUCUAGCUAUCGGUAUAGGAAAGGUUCCCCAAUGAAAAGUGGAAAAGAUUACUGUGCCUUAUAAUGCUUUAUAAUAAUCAAAGUUACGGUAUCCCAUAGUAUAUGGGAUCUAGUAUAUGUAGAUUUCUAACCUGCAGUUGUUGUUGUUGUUGUUGUUGUGCCAAUUCAGAACAUCCACAAAACUGAGGCACGAAAACAACAAUAAAUUGGAAAGCAAAUACCAACCAGGUUGUUGACAACACACACACACCACACGCGUGCACGUUCGCCGAGAGAGCCUCCUGCUCCUGCAACUGCCACCUGCCUCGGGGGGCGUCGUUGUUCUAAUGGUAGAGAUGGGGGCUGGCGGCCUGGCCCCAUUUAAUGGUUAGCGCGAAAAAUAUUGUUGUUAUUGUGUUUUCCCUCAUAAGUGGACAGUUGGCGCGGACAAGGCAAAAGCUCAGUCAGUCACACUUUGGCAGGCGAGGACGAACCACGAACUAACGGACUUUCCCUCUGGUUCUGGGGUCCGAAAAUUGACCGACUACCCCGACUGGAACAUGUCAUAAGGUUUGGACAGAACCUUCGUGCAAUGAAUGAUGGGCUGCGGUUCGUCCAUGGAGACGCAAUCGAAUCCUGUUGUGACAGAGGUCAGCACAGAAUUCCGCCAGCAACAAAAUGGUGCCGCUGUAACGAACAUUAUCGAUGAAUAUGUACGGCUGGACGAACAGAUCAGCAAGAUGGAGGGCAGUUGUCCGGGACCCAGAAUGGCCACCGCCGAGGCCUGGAUCGAGCAUCUGCAGGGCAAACAUGAUGCGAUGUUGGGUCUAGAUGGAAUGGAGGUGGCACAGCGUCGACAGGAAGAGCAGCAGGACACCGAAAUGGAGGCACUAACCCUGUCCAGUUACCCUGCCCAGAAACGAGACGGCAAUCAAAUUGUGGCAAACACGCCCACCAAAGACCUGGCCCAGCUUGCCUACAACCUCGGCGUGAUUGGCGACGCACGUAAAGCUUCCAUGCACGAGGAUUUCUUUGCCAAUCUGAGUGAAUCGGCGCUCUAUUUGCUCAGCAUUCGAUACUAUGGGGAACUGCUGGAGCACACCAAGGAGCGCCUGAAGACGCUCGCCGAGAGCUAUGCGGAGCUGAACGAGCUGUAUGUGAGGCAGGAUGGGAUCAUAGCGUACAUUAGUGGUGGCACCUACAUGACCCGCCUGGAGGAGACCAUCGAUGAGCAGCUGGAGACGGCCCGCGAUACACGCGACAAGCUGGGCAGUACCUUGGAGCAGUGGCGCAUCUGUGGACUCCUGCUCCGAGCAGCCGCCAACUCCUCCACGCAGGCACUAAAGCAGUGGCGACAGCUUAGUAGGAUCAUUGAUCCAAAACAAAAGCUGCAAUGGGCGCUGGACUGCCGGAGUCUGCUCCAUGCAUCAACGAUCUCCCUGGAGGCUGCUCAGCUGGCCCUGCCCCACGUGGAGCUCAAAUACAUGAGUCAUCGCCAAGUGCUGGCCGUCAAACACUGCAAUACCUACCUGAUCACGGACAUAGCCAACAAGGCGCGUUACGAGCACACAAGCCGUGUCUUUUCCACCUACGAGGCCAACAUGUCCAAGACGUGCACUUGGCUGUACGAGACAUUCAACAACACGCUUCGCAUCGACUUUGACAAGUCCGAACGCUCUGUGUCCCGCUUAUCGAAGACACUGCGCGAUCAUCGCGCGGAGGUCUUCAGUACUGCGCGCAAAUGAUACAACUCAACCAUUUGAUUGCUCACUUUGUGUUUGUGUUUUUUUACUUUACUCUAAUAAAAAUAAGGAUAGAGUUAGUACCAAUAGGA